AAAAGGUUAACAACACAUUUGUUCAUUUGCACAACUUUCCUCAUUCUUUUUGCCCAAUAUACAUGUCUAUAUUAUAAUCAAAUGUGCAAAACAUCUGAAUGGGUAUUCUGAAUUCUUAUUAACAUUUGUCAAUUUUCAACAAUUCAUUCAUAAUAAUAUUCUCCCUUUGUUCAAUAUUCUAUAUUCUGCUUCUUCAAUUCUUGGAAUUACUUAGUUAUUGAGAUUUUUCAUGGUUUUGAUUGGUUUUGCAUCAAAGGGUAGCCAAGAAAAAGAGAUUCUCGAAUGCUGAUGCAUAGGCUUAUUUCAUGAUAUGACAAGGACAAGAAUAAUAUGGCUAUGUAAUCAUUUGAGUUGAAAUCAUACAGAGGAUGGGAUUUUUUUUGUUGAACAUUACUAGUGCAAUGCUAUGAGCUCCGCGGCCCAGAAUAUUGCAGAGUUUUAUUCAAGAACUGUAACUCAGUCACCGAUUUUGGACAAUUUGGUGAAGAAACAAGGUAGAGUAAGUUAUGGCUCAAUUGGGAAAUAUUGUGAGUUGUGUAUACUACAGAUAACAUGCAGAAGCAGCUUAAUUGGAUGCCGGUUUGCUGACAAAGUAAAUCAUCAUAAAGAUUAUCAUUAAUACACCUCCCCAAGCUAAUCAUACACGUUGUAUUUGGCCUAAAAGGGAACUACACAGAUAUAACAUAAACUGAUAAAAAAAAAUUGCUGCUCCACGCUCUCCUGCAAAUCAUAUUGCUUUAGCUACGCAUUUCCUGCUGAAACUGGGAUUGACGACAGCUCUCACAUUGUUUAUAGAUUUCCCAUUCAACACUUUCACUUCUUAUUGCCAUCUACCCUGCACCAUCUGUGUAGUCUUCUGCAAAACUUCAGAGCAUAUAUCCUACUAUUUGCAAGGAAGUUGCCUCCUCCUCAACUUGUCAUGGCCCAAUCAGAUACCGUUUCACCUGAAACAUCAGACAAUAGUAGCACAAUUAAUAUCGCAGUUAUUUCUGCAUGUUCUUUAAUAGUAAUCAUUGUCCUCUUCUGGGCUUUCGUUAUUUGGGGUAGGAAAAAUAAAGUUCACCACAAAUAUGGAGUAAAAGAUGAGUAUCCUCUAACAAAGUUAAGCGCAACCGAUGCAUCCCCUGGUCCUGCAGUGAACUACAGUUUUGGAAAUUCAGGUAAAAAAGAUUUCAAAACCUUGUCAAAUGUCACCAGUUUUGCAGACAAACCACGUAUCUCACUUGCCGAAGAAAAACAAUCGGAAAAAUUAGAAGUUCCAUCUGGAAAAUUUCAAGCAAAUUUGCCACUCCCACCAGGAAGAGUGUCCAUUUCGGCCCCAAAACCUGUUCCACUAGUCACAGAAACUGAAAAUCCUGCUCCUCAAGUCCCAGCAUCUGUUACUAAAGAUACAGAACCUGCUACUCCAGUCUCAGGAACCCCUCCUCCUCCUUCACCAAAAAAGCAUGUGGCGCCUCCACCACCCCCAAAGAUUAACCUCCCUCCACCACCUAAUCCACCAAAAUUAGGUACUGGACCGAAGCCUCCACCUGGUAAAGUCGGUUUUUCUGCAAACAAGGGAGCUGGUGAGUCUGACAGUCAGAAAGCAAAGUUAAAGCCAUUCUUCUGGGACAAAGUUCUUGCUAACCCUGAGCAUUCCAUGGUGUGGAAUGAGAUAAAAUCAGGCUCCUUCCAGUUCAAUGAGGAGAUGAUGGAAGACCUUUUUGGUUACACCAGUAAUAACCAUAAAACUGAGAAUAGUUCCAAGAAAAACCAGGCAGCAAAAGAAGCUCUUCAAUUCACUCAAAUUAUUGAUCCUAAGAAAUCCCAUAAUUUAUCAAUUUUGUUGAAAGCAGUAAAUGUGACAACUCAAGAAGUCUGUGAUGCCAUCCAAGAAGGGAACGAGCUUCCUGCUGAGCUCAUUGAAACUUUGUUAAAGAUGGCACCAACAUCACAAGAAGAGCUAAAGCUUAGGUUGUACGAUGAAGACAUCUCUAAACUUGGACCUGCUGAUCGGUUCGUCAAAACCCUGAUUGAAAUCCCCUUUGCCUACCAGCGUCUGGAGGCUUUGUUAUUUAUGUGUUCACUGCAGAAUGAAUUUGGUUCCCUAAAAGAGUCUUUUAAAGUGUUGGAGGUAGCAUGCACAGAGCUUAAGAACAGCAGACUUUUUCUAAAGCUCCUAGAAGCGGUUCUGAAACUUGGCAACCGUAUGAAUGAUGGUACAUUCCGUGGUGGCGCACAGGCAUUCAAGCUUGAUACACUAUUAAAGUUAUCAGAUGUUAAAGGGGUCGAUGGCAAGACAACACUCCUUCACUUUGUUGUUUUGGAAAUUAUCAAAAGUGAAGGCCUACGUGCUGCACGUAAAUUAAAAGAUAGUAGUAGCAUGAGUGACAAGAAAGUAGAAGAUAUGCUUAAGGAUUCUGUUCAGGAAACCCCGGAACACCUUCGUAGUCUUGGGCUUGAAGUAGUCUCUAAUUUAAGCAAUGAGCUUGCUAAUGUUAAAAAGGCUGCAGCUAUUGACGGUGAUAUGCUGACAAAUACAGUAACGAAACUUGGUUUCUCACUAAAACAUAAUAAAGAUUUUCUCUACAAUGAGAUGAGCAGUGAGGAAGCAGAAUGCCAGUUCCGUUCUACUCUUGAAAGUUUUGUUAGACAGACAGAAUUUGAUAUUAUGUGGUUGCUAGAAGAAGAAAAUAGGAUAGGUACUCUGGUCAAGAGCACAGCAGAGUAUUUCCAUGGCACUCCAGGAAAAGACGAGGGAAUGCGCUUAUUUAUUAUUGUUCGUGAUUUCUUGGUAAUGGUAGAUAAGGUAUGUCAAGAGGUGAAAAAAUCAGGAGAAAAUCCGGUGAAGAUGUUCCCAAAAGAAGCUUAAAGUGCAUCAACUUCUUGAGAAUCACAUUUACGGCAGCAGCAAUAGUCUUCUCCAAAUGUUCAUGAAUCGCUGUUUCACCGCAAUGACAGAGAAACUUGAGGAUGAUUUCGGUUUAGAUAAUGGAAGUGGAGGCAGAUUAAUUCAAGUCUAAACAGAUACCAAAAUGAAGAAAUGCUGAACGAUAUCAUCUUGCAAGAAAUCAUGGAGUUCCCGAGAGUUCAAUUAACUGGCUUUCAAAAAUCUGGCAGGAAGUCAGAUGAAUAAUCGGGGCCAACUCCGAACACAAGACAAGAAAUGUUUAAUCAAGACAGAUGAGUUCUUGUUUUUGGUCUCAGCUGUAUAGAGAUGUGAUGGCAAUUGAGUUUAAGUCCAUAGUUUUAGUUUUAAGUGAAUAUAAUUGACAUGUCUUGAAGAUGGUAAGAUUAUGAUGGAUACCAAUAGAGUGUAAUAUAUCAGUUGAUAAUAACUUUUGAUUCUUGAUGAUAUAUGAGUGAAACUACACUUUGUUUGCGGA